GCAUGCGGCGUAAUGAUGGGCUGCCGGUGCUCGUAAUUUUUGCAGUAAUGAAAGGAAUAGGAGGUCAAAAUUAUCCUUUGAAUUUUCUAACAAUCACCGCCCACAGCAAAACGACAGUCGUUUAGCAUCCCAGACAAACGGCAUUACAUUUCAUUACAUGCCUGAAAACUUUUCCAAUUAAUAAUUAACAUUCUGGAAUCCACUUUCACCCAACUCAACUCAACUCAACUCGUCUCAACUCAAUCUGCCUUCAAAUUUCUUCUUCAUCGUUACCACACGCUCACUCUCUUACUUCGUUCUUUGAUUUUUCAGUUUAACAAAAAAACAUGGCUUCUGGAGGCUAUGGAGAUCCCAACCAAAAGAUAGACUAUGUCUUCAAAGUUGUAUUAAUCGGUGACUCUUCCGUUGGCAAGUCUCAGAUUCUUUCAAGGUUUGCAAGAAAUGAAUUCACUUUGGAUUCCAAGGCCACCAUUGGAGUUGAGUUUCAAACUCGAACUUUAGUUAUUGAACAUAAGAGCGUUAAGGCUCAGAUCUGGGACACUGCUGGCCAAGAACGAUACAGAGCUGUUACAAGUGCAUAUUAUAGAGGUGCUGUUGGGGCAAUGCUGGUUUAUGACAUAACAAGACGCCAAAGCUUUGACAACAUACCCCGUUGGCUGGAAGAGCUGCGAGGCCAUGCUGAUAAGAAUAUUGUUAUCAUUCUGAUUGGAAACAAGAGUGAUCUUGAAGACCAGCGUGCUGUUCCCACAGAGGAUGCCAAAGAAUUUGCAGAGAAGGAAGGGCUGUUCUUCUUAGAGACCUCAGCAUUGCAAGCAACUAACGUUGAGACUGCCUUCAUGACUGUGUUGACUGAGAUUUUCAAUAUUGUGAACAAGAAGAAUCUAACAGCUGAAGAAGGUCAAGGCAAUGGCAACCCCGCAAACCUCACUGGCAAGAAGAUCCUUAUUCCAGGACCUGCGCAGGAAAUCCCAGCUAAGGGGAACGUGUGCUGUAGAACAUGACCGGAUAUCGUUUUCAAAAUUUCGAAUUAUAGGUUCCAUGUAGCUAGUAUCAAUUUUUAGGUGACGUGAUUUAUUUGUGUUGUAUAUUUUUUUAACAUUGCUUUAGUUACGUUUGAUGAGCAGAUGAUUAAUGCAAUGUCUCUUAAAGCCA